AUGAUUAGUAAAUAUUUUUUUUUAUUAAAUGCCAUUAUAUUAAUAGGGGGCAUAUUUAAGGAUAACAUAUCAGGAGUUAAGGCUGCUGAGUCACCACAAGUAAGCGGUGAGCCCAUAUCAAGUGAUAGAUAUUUUAUGCACUUUAGGGAAUAUUGUACUUUAGAGUUUGAAAUGACAGUUUUCAGUUUAGAUCAUGUACUUGGAGUUGGUGAAAUUGAUGAAAUGAAGAAAAUUUUAUCUGAUUUGAAAUCCAUAAAAAAGGAAGUUGUUACAUCUGCAAGAAAAUAUCAUCAGGUGGUAAUGGAUGAUGAAGACUCAGACAAUAUGACAUCCCGAAUAAGUGAUCGUCUUCUUUGUUUAUGUAAUGAAAUAAAAGUAACAGACGAUUAUUAUGCACUUUUGAAAAAUAUUUUUUGGGCUGAGCAAAGAUCAUUGGAAGAUGCUUUUAUUGAAAUAAAUAAAAAAGAAAAUGUUGUAGAUAGAAAGAAACUUAUUGAAAAUAUAAAUAUGUUAAAAAGUAAUUUUAAAAAAUAUUUAGAUGUAUUAAAUAUUAAAUUAUCAGAAGAUCAAAUGCAUAAUACGGCCAUGAGAAUGAGUAAAUUUUUGACUGAUGUUUUUGGUUUAACCAUUAAAAUUGUGAAACCUAUACCUCUAAUCCCUGAUGAUGGUAAUACACCUUCUUAA